UCACUCCAUGAUCUGCGCCCGAGAGCUCAACCGCGUCUAAACGAGCUUGUGGGAGAUAGAACGAACUGGAGGGGUUAGAUAAAGCUCUGACUUACGGAGCGACUGAGGAUAGUAUUGUUCAUCUGCACCCCACGCACUCGCCACAGGACAUCCAUCCUUGAAGCCAUCAAUACAGUAUCGCGACAACCGCUUGAGGUCGUCAACUUCACACCGAAACACCAUCUACAACUGAUACACUUCGUCGAAGUCGUUCAAAACGGACUACACAAUCGUCUUCGAUCAAACCUACCCCAACCACAACCACACCAUCAUGACUUUACCAACCCCAAUACCGCAAGCACCAGCGACCCUCCCCUCCACCACCGUCGCCUCCACAGAAACUACUACCUCCUCCUCCCCGCAAGCCCCCCACCCCUCGCUCAUCCACCGCCUCGUCGAAUCCGUCCCCGAACACGCAGCCCACCUCUUCGAGCGCCUCUUCGCCCCCAACACCGUGCUCUACACUCCCCCGCAAAACGACCCACACUCAGCGCAACCCCGGGGCGAUGAGGCGCCGCGCAUGUCGCACGAAGAAGAGGUGCCCCCGCGAACAUCGCAGGAGAAACGAAGGCGGCGGUCGAGCGUGAGCAAAGGGAAGAUGACCCGACAUGUUGACGUCGUGGAGGUGAAUGGGUGUCAGAUGGUGGAGGAUGAGACGGAGAGGCUGAGUGAGGAUUAUGGAUGGCCGCUUUGUCGGGAGGGCGAGAUUGAGAAGUGGAAGACGGGCAAGGAGAAUCCGAGGAAGGCAAUGCUGCGGAGGAGGACGUGGCAUUGAGGCAUGCAUGUGUUGGAGGUUUUCUUGGGUAUAUGAGCAGGUCUCAUCAACCAGAACAUACAUUACAUUACGGAUGAGGAGGGGGAUAUGCAGCUUCGGCGCCAGGGAGGAGCGUUUUCUUUCGUUCGUUGGUCCGUUAUAGACUGGAUUGGAAAAGUUAGAGCGAGAGUGCCAGCAUCAGUGCGUUGCGAAUACCCCAUCGAGCUGGAGGAGGAGGAAGAAGGAAGUGCAGUUACUAGACUGCCGCAUACAAGCUGCAUACAGCCAUGCGCACUAAACACUCGA